AUGACGAACGCACUCGGCAGGCCCCCGCCGUCUCCGUUUUACCUGCCCUUGAACGUCACCCUUUACUUGUGUCUCAUAUCAAACGUUCUCGCUGCUUUAUAUGCUCCAAUCCAGGACUGCGAUGAGGUCUUCAAUUUUUGGGAGCCAACCCACUACCUGGCUCAUGGUUAUGGACUGCAGACGUGGGAAUACUCUCCAGUCUAUUCCAUUCGCAGCUGGCUCUAUGUCUCUGCCCAUGCAUUCGUCGGUAAAAUAAGCUCGUUUGCUCUCAAGAAUAAAUCUUCCGAGUUCUAUGCGGUCCGGUUCUUCCUCGCUAUCGUUUGCGCCGCCUGUCAAACGCGACUGUACUCCGCCAUCUGCCGCACGCUUAGCCCACGGAUCGGCCUCGUCUUCCUGAUGGCCAUUCUCUUCAGCCCUGGUAUUUUCCACGCAUCCACGGCUUUUCUCCCAUCGAGCUUCACGAUGUACAUGUCUAUGCUUGGGUUGACGGCCUUCUUGGAUUCAAGAGGUGGUCAGAAAACGGCCCAGGGGAUCAUGUGGUUCGGAAUCGGCGCGGUCGUCGGUUGGCCAUUUGCCGGAGCUCUUAUCAUCCCCCUGUUGUUGAGGGAGGUGGUCAUUGGCUUCUUUAGCGGAAACUUGCCCAGAUUGUUUCGUGGGAUGUUUGACGGGGCUAUCAGGUGCCUCACAGUUCUGGUUGCUGAAGUCAUGGUCGAUCAUGUAUUCUUGCGCAAGCUCGUGAUCGUGCCGUGGAACAUUGUCGCAUACAAUGUUUUUGGCGGAGAGGGUCGUGGGCCCGACAUCUUCGGGACUGAGCCGUGGACAUUCUAUAUCAGGAACCUGCUGCUGAACUUCAAUAUCUGGUUUGUGUUUGCGAUGGCUGCGGCGCCAUUGUUGGCUCUUCAGGUGGUUCUCCCUUCUCAGACAACCGACAAGCAGACGUUGUUGAGACGCCUGGCUCUCAUCACGCCCUUCUACAUGUGGUUUGCGAUCUUCACGGCGCAACCCCACAAGGAAGAGAGGUUCAUGUAUCCAGCGUAUCCAUUCCUUGCCCUGAAUGCAUCUAUUUCGGUGCAUAUGAUUCUGUCGUAUCUGGGCACCAGCGAUCCCAAAGAAUUGCCAGGGCGCUUCGCACCCAAGCUCAAGCUCGCAGCCGUGGCGUCAAUGUUCCUCGUGGCCAUCAGCGCGGGCUUCCUGCGAACCUUGGGCAUGAUUACCGCUUAUAAUGCCCCACUGAAGGUCUUUGAGCCCUUGGAGCAGCCAGGAGUGGCUCAACCUGGUGAUUCGCUGUGUCUGGGCAAAGAGUGGUACAGGUUCCCUUCGUCCUUCUUUCUGCCUGGUGACAUGCAAGCCAAAUUCAUUCGCAGCGAGUUCCGCGGACUGCUUCCUGGCCGGUUUCCCGUAGCCAAGGACUUGGCUUCUCUCUUGCAGGGCACCUCGACGAUCCCAGCGGGGAUGAAUGAUCGGAACGAGGAAGACCUUGGAAAAUACGUGGACAUUUCGCAGUGCUCCUUCCUGGUUGAUUCCCACUUCCCCAGCAGAGAGGCUACCGAGCUUGAGCCGGACUACGUCCAGGAUGAAACGCACUGGGAGAAGCUGGCUUGUCACGACUUCCUCGAUUCCUCUAAAACAGGGCUUCUGGGCCGUCUUAUCUGGACUCCGGAUCUGCCGAUAGUGCCGCCAGCUCUGCGACGCCACUGGGGACAAUACUGUCUGCUUCGACGACGCAGUGCGCAUGCGAAGCCCCGACAACGGAUCUUAUCGCUGAAGCCUAUCUUCGUAUGGACGCCUUCAGACUUCCAACGACCGCCUGCGACACCUUUCCCCGACUGGGACGUGCACAAGACGAAGCCCAUUCCCUACCGCCCAUUCCGAUACGGACCAAAAUACUUCGUUACAAUGGGACUCCGCAGCAUGAAAUGGGACGAAUGGAUCGAACUGGACAACCACUACCUCCGCUACCACGCCGACAAAGCCAAGCGCAUCGAAGAACGAGGCUCGAAAUGCUGCCGCACGCACCCGGAUGCAAUGGACGCCGCCAUCGAGCUGUUGGAAGAGCUGUACGUCUGCCCCUCCAACAAACCUCCCUCCCAAUCCACCUUAACCACCCCCCCCCGAACCACCUACCUCCCCGAACGCUACCCGACCCUCUUCCAGAAAACCGCCACGGGCCUAACCAACCUGGCCACGCACGAAACCUUCAACACCACGCAGCGCCCCCUCCCCGAAGACCCCAUGCAAACCUGCGCCCGCCUCGUCCAAGACGACCUCGCCAUAAUGAUCGAGCGCCCGGACGGCGAGUACUACCUGCUCGCCGGCGCCGUCCUCCUCGCGGGCUUCUGGCGCCUGGAGGAUAAAUACGGCAUGCGCCUAUCCGAGAUCCACACGCACGGCGCCGUGCCCCAGUACACCGAGAAGCUGGAGCGCGGGAUGAUGAACUUCUUCCGGCGGCUGCGGCCGCAGGACCCCGUCGUGCGCAACAACUACUUCAUCCAGGUGGACGACGCGCUGGCGUGGUCGCACAGCAUCGGGGAUGAGGAUUCCCCCGAAGUGUCGUGGAAUACCGCCGCCAAGAACAAGGCGAUCGAGCAUCAUUUUUUCCGCUCGGAGCGGCAGUCCCUCCGCAGGCUCCCGAAGUCGGGGGGCGUGGUGUUUACGAUCCGCACGUAUUUCGAGCCCAUCACGAAAAUUGUGGAGGAGCCGUGUGUUCCGGGGCGGUUGGCGUCCGCGAUCCGGAGUUGGGGGGAGGAUGUGUCCAGGUAUAAGGGGAAGGAGAAGUAUGAGGAGGUGUUGUUGGAGUUCUUGGAUCGGAAGCAUGCUGAGCAGGUGGCCCGGGGGUUGGAUUUGGAGAAGGAGGAGGAGGAGGGGGGGAGGAAGUAUCCUUUCUAG